GCAAAAUUAAGUGUUGAAGAUAUUUAAUAUGUCGUAUCGAUCGAGGUUCACAAGGAGAGACUGCUUCUCUGACUUCAGAUUCAGGGCUAAUAUUUUGUCUAGAAGAUGGUCAUGAGUGAAAACUGUCCUGGAAUUGUCUACUACGACCUCUGCAUUGUCCUGGUCUUCCUCCAUUGACUGGGACCCACACCAUACUGUAAUUGCGUUGAGGAAUCACUGGUGCGUCCUUAUUCUGUAACUUAUGUACAAGAACAGUCUCUUUGGCUGCCUGUUCUCGGAUUGUGCCAACCUAUUUCCACAUUUUUACUGAACUACCUGGGUUGUACUUCACUUAUUUCUGACCGACCUGAAACGUUUCAUCGUAUUUGCUGUGCCAAGGCUGAUGACAGCGCUCCAAAGCCUUUUUUCAUCCUAAUGAUCGUCGGACCUCAUGGUCGAUCUAUAAAUGAGAGUGAUUCUUCUCUAGGACUGUCAGGAUGCAAAUAAUUGAGUUACAUGACUGCAAUGAUGAGAUCACGUCUCUCCUACCGAUGAGAUCAUGUUAUUUAAUUUUAAAAUCUGCCUGACUGCAAAUGACUAUUCUCAUAUCACCAGUUCCUGAUGCAUGGAUUAUUAAAUCCCUUGAGAGCAACCUUUGUUUUAACCAUCUAAUUCGGAAGUUCCAGAAGUUAGUAUAUAAAUUCGUCGGCUGUUUGCAUAGUCUUCAUUACUGUAUUCCAAAAAUAUUUGGGGAAUGCAAAUAUUCGUGAAGACGUUGACUGGUAAGACGAUUACGUUGGAGGUUGAGCCUAGUGAUACUAUUGAGAAUGUGAAAGCUAAAAUUCAAGACAAAGAAGGUAUUCCUCCUGACCAACAACGUUUGAUAUUCGCUGGUAAGCAGUUGGAAGAUGGACGUACUCUGUCUGACUACAACAUCCAGAAAGAGUCGACUCUGCAUCUUGUCCUUCGUCUACGUGGUGGAAUGCAAAUCUUUGUGAAGACGUUGACUGGUAAGACGAUUACGUUGGAGGUUGAGCCUAGUGAUACUAUUGAGAAUGUGAAAGCUAAAAUUCAAGACAAAGAAGGUAUUCCUCCUGACCAACAACGUUUGAUAUUCGCUGGUAAGCAGUUGGAAGAUGGACGUACUCUGUCUGACUACAACAUCCAGAAAGAGUCAACCUUACAUCUUGUUCUGCGCCUACGUGGAGGCAUGUGAUUUCUGUUAAAGUAAAAUUGAAAAAUAAAUUUUAGUUUGAUUUUAUUUCUAAACGUAGUUCUGUUUUCGCGAGCUGCGAAUGAUGUUGGUCUGUUGUGUUGUACUAAGUAGUGCGUUUUAACAGUGUGAUACGGUCGAUGGAUAUUCGAGCUUGGUUAGAUUUCAGCUAAGUCAUUCAUGGUUUAAUAAUGUAGGACGAGUUGUUUGGACACAAUGUGUUUGAUGACAUAGGCAUUAGGAGUUGUAUGGUAUUGAGUAAGGAUACGCGUUAUUGACAUGGUGUUGCCACUGGAUGUCAGCAAUCCUUCGGAGACAGCAAUGAUCGAACACAGAGAGUCGUCUAACGUCCUCAACGGACAAUAAGUAUCUUGUGUAGAAAAUUGCUUACAAAUACCUGUACCCUUUUGAUGGUGGUUGUAAUAGUUCUCGGAGCCUAAGCUCUGUACAGUAGAACUGUCUUGACGUUCGUUUUGAAGAUUCUGACUUUGAUAUUGGUUUAUAGACAGUUGUUUUGAGUCCCAUAUGUUUUUCAAAUGUAGGAAUGCUGUCCUUGCUUUGUCAAUCCUCGCCUUUACAUCUGCAUCAGGUCCUCCUUGUUCACCGAUGAUGCUCCCCAGGUACGUGAAAGACCACAUCUUCCAAAGUUUCUGCAUCAAGUGUAAUUGGAUUGGUGUUCUCCAUGUUGCAUUUGAGGAUCAUGAUUUUUCCCUUGUGUAUGUUGAGGUCUACUGCUUCAGAGGCUGCUGCUACACUGGCUGUCUUGAUAUGUAUUUGUUGAUGUGUACGGUAUUGAAAGGCCAGGUCAUCUGCGAAGUCCGAACCGUCUAGUUGCAUCCAGCCUAUCCAUUGUAUUCCGUGGUUUCCUUGAGAUGUGGACAUCUCGAUAAUCCAAUUAACCACAAGAAGAAAUAGAAAGGAGGAGAGAAUAGAGAGCCUUGUUUGACUCCGGUCCUUACUUGGAAUGCGUCUGUCAGCUGUUCUACAUGCACCACUUUGCACUGUAGUCCGUCGUAUGAAUUCCGUAUGAUGUUGACGAUGUUCUUAGGUACUCAUUCCAUAGUGCCGAAGAAGUUUCCAUAAAGUCCUCCUGCAUACACUGCCGAAUACUUUCUCGUAGUCAAGGAAGUUGAUGUAUAGUGACGAGUUCCAUUUAAUCGAUUGCUAAACAAUGAUCCUGGUGUCGCGAUUUGGUCUGUGCACGACCGAUCCCUACUAAAUCAGGUCUGUUGGUCUUGAAGCUGAACGUUUACUGAACUUUCCAUCCAGUCCAAUAACACUUUUUUGAAACUUUUCCUGGUACGGAUAGUAGUGUGAUGCCCCUGUAGCUCUCACACUUGCUCAGAUCUUUUGUGAUAUCUUGAUGAAAUAUCCUUCUUUCUAGUCUAUCUGCGGCACUUGUUCUUCCCCCGAGAUCUUCCUGAAUAGAACGUGGACUAUGUUUGAAGUUACUUCUAUGUCUGACUGCAGUAGCAGCAGACAACUGUUAAGACUUGUCAAGGACACAGGUAUUAUGAAUCCAACUUUUAGCGAAACUAUCUCGGGAAAAGAUGGACAUAUCAUUCACUCUCAAUCCAGGAGAUUGGAUCGAUGGGCGGAACACUUUAGGGAUCAUUUCAACUGGCCUUCAGCCACACUUCGGUUCCCCUCAAUCUACAUUAGACCUGAAUGGCAUGUUGAUGUAGGUCCUCCAACACUUAACGAAGUUGAAAAAGCUAUAGGAAAUCUGAAGCGAGGGAGAGCAGCAGUCCCUGACAGGUUUACCUCUGAGGUUUUUAAGGAUGGCAGUCCAGUAUUGGCAGUGAGAUUGACUAAGGUCUUAGGUAGAAUCUGGGAACUGGACGUAAUCCCGUCUGAUUGGUCUCAAUCACUGAUUGUGUCAGUCUAUAAGAAGGCACAAAAGUCCUCUUGUAACAGUCACAGAGGGAUCAGUCUGACUAAUGCAGUGUAUAAAAUAUUAGCUUUAAUAAUACUUCGACGCCUAACUAAAGCUCGUGCAGAGCAGACUAGAGAAAACCAGGCUAGUUUCCGACUUGGACGUGGCUGUAUAGACCAGAUAAUCCCAAUUCGUCAGGUCCUAGAACAUAGACGAACAUUCAGACGUUCCACAAUAGUAGUAUUUUUCGACUUAAGGCGACGUUUGACUCUGUUACUCCGACAAGCGAUGUUUUAUGGUGUAGGAGUAGGAUGGAAGAAAGCGAGGGGCGACCAGACCAAAACAUGUCACAAAUACGUGAAUUGAACUAAACAUCGGUUUUCAGUAAUAAAUAUUAUAGGUUGAAGGUUGAUUUGGCUGUAGCAAUUCUUACACUAAGUAUUUCUGUUAAGCUUUAGUUUCUUCUCAAAAGGUCCAUUGAGGAAACUGAUAUGACUUGUCCGGAUAGAGGAUCUUGUCGAUGACCACUGAGAAAAUAGAAUCCUAUCUUGAGUGUGUUUAAUUGUGAGUCUUUUUAUCUUUUGUGAAGGCAUCGAGGAUGGUUAGUCUUCAAGCUAACAAGAAGGUAGACAUGUCAGCACAUAACUGAUCGUUAAGGGUACGAAAUUCCAAUGUAACCUGGCCGCACAUUUGAUUAUAAGGUAGAGAAUUUAAGUGUUGUAAUUUCUUAUGAUGCGAGAAACUGGUCAGGACAUUUACUGUGUUAUUACUUACUUGUCAGACACGCUCGAGAGUGUCAGUAUCUUUAAAAAGACAUGGAUUAGCUGCGUGGAUGCAGUAUUUUAGGUGAAGUGUCAGGUGAAUGGGGUAUGAAAUCUGAAAUAUAUUUUCGUCAAGGAAUCUAAAGAUUUUGCGAAGUGACCAUACUACGCAGCACCAUUUAGCAGCUGUUGCAUUGUAGUGUGAGGUCUUUUUCAAGUCACGACUUAAAGUUUCUAGGUGUUCUUAAUCUUGUGAGAGUGGCGUUCCAUUUGUCAUGUAAUUCUGGUCGUUGUUGUUGUUGUUGUGGCUGAUGUGCACUCGGUCACUUUCUGAUAUUGGUCUUCCAAUCCAAACUUUGCGAGCACCUAGCUCAUUCAUUUGAACCAGCUUACUCUCGAGCUUAGUAUUAUCACUACUUAUUAUUCUCCAGACUUUUAUAUCAUCUAGAAAGUAUACUGCGGUCAUCCCACUGAACACAUUUGAUCACGGAACUGAAUUAACAUCGUAUGGAUUAUUCAGAUCGACAAGAUCCUCUAUCCGGACAAGUCAUAUCAGUUUCCUCAAUGGACCUUUUGAGAAGAAACUAAAGCUUAACAGAAAUACUUAGUGUAAGAAUUGCUACAGCCAAAUCAACCUUCAACCUAUAAUAUUUAUUACUGAAAACUGAUGUUUAAUUAAACUGACAACACUAAAUCGAUUUCCCAAAUGUAGUCUGAGUAAAAGGAAGCUAAAAAUGCUUCCAAGCUACCCACAAUAUUCUUUGUAUAAAUACAACGUCAAAUAAAAGUGUUGUUUCAGUUCCUAGAUUAUACACUAUACUCAGGCAUAGUAAUAAAGGUAAACGCCAUAUUAAUUACUUUAAGGGAGAGAAAUAACUUGGUUAUGCGCUGUGGAUUCGAAAUAUUAUAAACCUGAUGGGUAAACAAUUCUUAGUUUUACUCUGAAUGCAUGGUGUAGUAUCAAUGUACCAAGUAUGUUUUUGGUUGUGUAACUGAUAUGAGGUUGUCGUAUGGAAAAGACCUUUCGGACGUUAGCCCAACUAGCUUUGAAGUCUAGCUUAUGAAGAUUAUUUAUUCUUGCUUAUGAUCAGGCACCUCAAUCUGUUUUUGAUCAGUAUUACGUUUAAAAAACCAAGAUUGUCUGCUAACCAUCCAGAUGGAUUUGUUACGAAAAUUAGGUUGUUAAUAGGUAUUAACUAAAGCGAUUUCAAGCAAAUUUACUGAUGUAUACCGUAAAUGUGACAUUUACUGAAGCAUAUCUCGCUAGAUGGUAUAAUCCUUUUAGUAACUAUCAACAUAACGAUGGAUUGUUAGUUAAAACAUCCCACUUUCAACUAAUAGGUUUUGGGUGCAAGACCGCUCCAUACUUAAGUUUGGAUAACCGAGUAUUAUCAAUGAAUCUCAAACAUUGACUGGGAGUGCACUUACAUAUAAUGAGAGCCAAGAUCUUUAGGUCUGCAGAAGAACACCAUAGUGUCAGACCACUUUAGUCCAUUUCUUAUAAACCACAAUCCUCAUCUACUGCUACCAUUGAUUUUUCAUCUCAACGUGGAUCUGAUUAGAUUCACAUGUCAUAAAUAUUUACUAGGAUUCCAGGAAAUGCAUGGCAGUCACCAAUUGAAGCAAGAUGAUAAUCCAGACAACUUUUGCUGUAGCUCUCUUAGGGUUUAUGCCAGUCCCAAGCCCGAACAAUGGAGAAGGGUUGGACAUGGAAUCAACAACCCCACUACAUAGAAAACAACCUUGCUAAAAGCACACUAACCAGAAUGAACAGUUUAAGCCAUUUGAGAUCUUCCCUGGGAGUUGGAGGAUCUUCAUUCAGAAGGAUUAUGACGCCUCAUGGUGAGAGUCGAGAUUCUUUGGAAGUAACGAGGCCGAUGCCCCUUCUAACAACCAGAGCAACAGCUAAGAUCGGUACAUGAAAUGUCUGGACAAUAUGGGAGACCGAUAGGAUCAAUCAAAUAGCUACGGAAAUCAGGAGAUACAACUUGGAGGUGCUCGGAAUCAGUGAAACGCAUUCGAUCCAAGCUCGACAGGAAGGAUUAGAUUCGCGAGAGAUGCUGUUGUACUUUGAUCAUGAAGAAGAAAACGCUCCACACACUCAGGAAGUUGCUGAGAUGCUGUCCAAUGAAGCAUGGAAAACACUUAUAGGAUGUGAAUCUCGUGGAUCCAGAAUCAUCAAAGCAUCCUUCAAAACAAAGGAGAUCACAAAGAGUCCUAUCCAAUGUCAUGCACUCACCAACUAUAUCAAUGAAGAUGAUAAAGGCCAGUUUUACGAAAGGACGCAAUCGGUUGUAGUGAAGUGUACAGGAACGGACUUGACCAUCCUGACGGGAGACCUAAACUCCAAGGUUGGAAUGAACAACGCCAGGUGAGAAGAUAUCAUCGGGCGACAUGGACUGGGAGAAAAGAAUGACAAUCGCGAGAGAUCUGCAGAUUCACAUGCAUUCAACAAAAUGGUUAUGGGUGGUAGUGUAUUCCUCUCCCCCACAAACGCGUACACAAAGCCACAUGGGUCUCACUGGAUCACAUUACAGAGAACGAGAUCGGCUAUAUUUGCAUCACUAAGAUACAUUCAGAAGGUCAAUGGAAGACGUGAGAACGAAGAAACAGAUAACCACCUGAUUGUCAAGAGGAAAGUGAAUGUAGACAGAUAAAGUUUUCCAUAUAGGUAACAUUAAGUACUGAACGACUUAUUUAGCCAAUGGAUAUAUAAACCUUGUCUUUUAGAAACUACCUUGCCGAUGAACUAUAUCAGUGUCGUCGUCUUUUCGUAUUUAUGAUUUUUAGUUCGAAAGGUUCAAUAAGGUACAGGAAAGUUAAUUUGUCCUAGUUUCAAACUCCUCACCAAGUUUUACAACAGUUACCAUACUUUUAAUUCAUUGAGUCAUAAUCUUUGUGUAUUCAUUAAUAUACACUGCGAAAAUGUUUCGGAUGUGGGUGACGCCGUUGUCAUACAAUCUCUUGUAUUUCAGUCGAUGGUCGUUCGUGAAUAAAAUUAUCAUGCUGAAGAUCUUCUAGCAACAGAGAUAGAGAUGUACUAUAGAAUUGGCUAUUGAAAGUGAUGAAUGAGUAUAAUUGGUGGUAUUGAUUGUCUGCACAUGAUGUUAUUAUGAUGAGACAUGAAGAGGAGAUUACAAAACACGUGAAGUGAUUUUCGUAGGAAUCAGUUUGGUUAUCCCUCAUUUGUAGAUGUUAAAAGUUUGAUUUAUGGUAUUUUCAUAUUAUCUGAGUUGUAGGCUUUUACUAACUCCCACUAACCGUUGUGAUAUUUCUCACCUCAAUACGUUCCAGUUAAUUAGCCAUAAAUCUGUUAUUUGUUGCAAAUUUCCAGUGUGUAUAUCUUUGCAGGUUUAUUGUUUUUGAUUUUCUGUAGUCUAGCAUUUUAUGUUUUGUCACGUGAGUUCUUGACUUCGAAUAACAAGGUGUUUGGGUGAUCUUUCUGGUAUUCUGAUUAAUGAAUUGUGUGAAUACUGUUUGAGUCUAUCAGUCGUUAGCGCUCACAGUAACUUCGUCGGUGGAAUCAGUGUUAUUAGCCUAGGUGGGAAUAUCAACAAAUAUCUGUGUGGAAACUGAUCAAUCUAUGAUUUUGAUGUGUAGGCCGUUGAGGUACUUAUGGUUUACUGCAGAGUUUGAUAAGAAUAUGUCCAAGGCUGGUUACGAAUGAGACUUAAAGGUUUUGAACAAGCUGUAUAAAUGGAUGGUUUUCGAUCAAACCUACUUUGAACCCAGUUUUGAAUGACAAUGGUUGUGAAGGUCUAGUCUUAUCACAUUAAUACUUGAGUAGAUAAGUUUAGUUUUGUUACCUGACCUCAGCAUUGAGCAAAUGUUGGAACAGAGACUGUUGAUAACUGCGUUGACGUCAUUUAUUUUUUAUGUCAUAAUCACAUCUCAGACAAUAAUCGGCGUUUGUGUCUAAGGCAGUAUAUGAGACUGUUUUUCGAAGCCUAAAAUGUUUACAAAAUGUAUGAUUCAUCUCACUGAUAUUAACAUCGAACCGGGCAAAUUUGGAAAAAAACGACAGUAUUGUGGAAAAUCUGGAAAUUUCAGUUACUGAGUUGGAAACUAUGGUUUACCGAAUGUUCACUUUCCACUCAUGAUUUUCAAAUGUAACAAUAGUUAUUAUUAAAAAAAUAAGCGAAAGUCAUGUGGUAUAACUAUGAUAUUUGUGGGAAUGUUUAAUAAAUAAGCUGAAAAAUAUUUCUAUGCAUGUGAUUGUUAAAAUCAAGACGACAACAGAUUAUGACUAAUAUAACUGAUUUAUUUGAUUUUUCGUAAUUUGAGAAAAACAUGCUCUGUCGAAAUAUUUUAGCACAUGUGGUCCAACAAAGAUAGGAGUUUUUGAAAAAAAGACAACAGCAAUAAUUCAUAUGAUGACGCCUAAUAUGCACUUUUCUUGAUGCAAAACGAUAUGAUUCCAUGUUAAUGUGAUACAAAUUAUAUGUUAGGUUUGAAAUGGCAAUCGUAUACAAGAGUCGAUUGCGUCACAAGUGAGAUGGUAGCAUAUCUUGGAUAUAGGUGUAGUCGAAAAGCGAAUGUCCGGCGCUUUAACCGGAUUUCAAACCAAUGGUGCACAUGGGUUCCAGUAACCCGCGGGGACAAAUGGCGUAUGAACCAAUCGUUGGUCACUGGCUACCAUGGGACUUCAUCUCCUUACGAUGCCUCACUGCCUUGUGGGUUGGACCUUUAGGUCAAAGGCUCGGGGUGUGGCCCACUAAGAUAACCACGUGUUUCGGUCUGGGCACCCGGGCAGUAUCGCAGCCCACACGCAAAUGAUUCAAAUGAUUAUUAUUAGUAGUAUUAUCAUUAUUCUUAGUAGUAGUAUUAUUUUUAUCAUUAUCAUUAUUCGCCACAUAAUUCACCCUCUUUUAUACUUAUACAGCGGCUCGUCUUUGGUGGAAAUUCGACUGUAUCUAAACGUUCUCAAGUCACUGUCCGGUUGAAAAUUGUAUGUUACCACUGAAUAUGAGUACUGAGUCAGUUUUUCUGAAACCACGUGCACCAUUCAAACUGGCUGCCUUCAACGUUCUCACACUUAUGCAGAUUGGACAACAGAUAGGGACGGCUAUAUCUCUGGAAAGUCUUAAUAUCGAUGUCUGCUGUCUAUCCGAGACCCGUAUUUAAGACUCUGGUGAAGUACUACAAGAUUGCUCUCCAUCUGUCGCUUCGAAAAGCUUGUUUUACGUGCGCUUAUCCGUGGACCCUGUGGCAUCUUCGUCUGGUGUUGCUGGCGUUGGUGUUGCACUAAGCGCUAGAGCUGAGGCAGCUUUAGUCGAUUGGAUCCCCAUUAACAGUCGGUUAUGUGCUGUUAGAUUAGAAAGUUCCAUCAAAGCGAGAAGAAACCGGCGUGAGAAACGAUGUCUUUUCGUCAUCUCCGCCUAUGCCCCGACAGAUUGCAGCCCGGAUGCAAUCAAGAAUGAAUUCUACCACCAGUUAUCUGUUCUUCUCCAGAAAGUGCGUUCGACAGAUAUUGUAGUACUAGCCGGAGACUCGAAUGCUCAGGUCGGGCGUCUAGGCACAGAAGAGAGUCGUUUAGGUGGCCGAUGGGGACUCGUUGGUCGCAGGUCAGAUAACGGGGACCGUCUACUGCAACUAUGCACAGACCACAACCUGUUUCUGGCUAGCACUAACUUCCGGCACAGUCAUCGCCGAUGUGCCACCUGGCGUCCUCCCUCUGCAUCUCAAGCCUGGACUCAGAUUGAUCACAUCGCGAUCAGCUAUCGCUGGCGUGAUUGUGUACAAGACUGCCGCUCCUUUUGGAGUACCUAUCUGGACUUUGACCAUGCCCUGGUCUGCGCCAAUCUUACCUUACUUUUCAGUGGCCAACGAAAUGACCGCAACCAAAGGAUUGAUGUCAGCAAGUUGGUUGCAACUUCUGUUGCUAGUAAGUAUCGAACCGAGCUAGUUUCUAGGCUAGCUACUAUCCCACCGAAAAGUAUAAAUGAGCAUUGGUUACAAUUGUAUGACGCCAUGAAAAUUGCGGGUACAGUCAGUUGUGGGUUCGCGAAACGUCCCGCUUAUAAGCACUGGGUUUCUUCUGGUUCCUUACAACUCAUUGAAGCCCGUCGGUCUACUCCGGGUGACUGUGAGUUUGACCACAAACAAAGGAUGUUACGUAGUGAAAUUGGGCACAGCUUGCGUAAGGACCGAGAAGCCCGGUGGUCGAAGCGUGCUAAUGAGCUGGAAGCAGCAGCUGCAUCCGGUAACUACCGGAAGCUCUUCCAACUCAUCCGAGCCACUGGCAGCAAGAAGUCUGGUGUAAGCGAAACAAUCUGCGAGGAUGAUGGGAUGCCAAUCACUAACAUCCAUCGACGUCUUGGACGAUGGACAGAAUUUUUCGAAGGGCAGUUCAACUGGCCUACUGCUCCGGUAACAUCGGUCGAACUGUCCUGCCUUCCAUGGCCGGUGACGACUGAUCCAUCAAAUGAGGCGAAAGUCCGCAAGGAACUCCAACUCUUGAAGCGUUACAAAUCACCUGGCCAAGAUGAUUUACCUCCGGCUCUUUUUAAACAUAGUGGUGACUUUCUGGCUAAGAAACUGACGACGUUUACAAAAAUCUGGGAGCUAAAGAGUGUACCAGCAUCAUGGAAUCAGUCGAUAGUUGUCCCUAUCUUUUAAAAAGGUUCACAUCGUCUCUGUAACAACUAUCGGGGGAUAAGUCUACUUCCGAUUGCGUUCAAACUGUCGGCUUCCGUCAAACUUCGUAGAUUGCUCAAAACCCGAGAAAGAUUGACUCGCGAGGAGCAGGCUGUUUCGUUCUGGUCGAGGAUGUAUUGAUCAUAUCUUCACACUCCGUCAAAUGUUAGAAUACCGUCAUAUUUAUCAAAGGCCAACAAUCGUAGUGUUUCAUGACAUUAGGGCUGCCUUCGAUUCGUUGGACAGGACUGUUCUCUGGGAUUGUCUAUUGAAGAAGGGUGUGCCUAAGAAGUUUAUUAACAUCCUAAAAGCCCUAUAUACAAACACCUCAAGCAGAGUGAGGGCAUACAACCACCUUUCUCCAUUGUUCUAUUCGAGCAGUGGGGUUAGACAGGGUUGCCCAAUCUCACCAUUCCUCUUUGAUUUUGCCAUCAGUGACAUUCUGGAAACAGCUCUGAUGGAUGUAAGUAAUGGUGGUGUGGAUCCGUCGCCUGGAGAAAGACUUCUCGACCUUGAGUAUGCGGAUGAUAUUGUCUUACUGUGCGAUAGUGCCCAAGGCAUGCAAUCCGCACUUAAUCAGUUGGCGAUCAGUGUCCGUAGGUAUGGUAUGUGCUUGCACCUUCGAAGUGCAAAGUACUUCUACAAGACUGGCAGGAUUCUAAUCAUGUUCUCACCCUGGAUGGUGAGCAGAUAGACGUAGUCGAGAAGUUCGUGUAUCUAGGUAGCAGCAUAAGUGCUGGUGGGGGUGUGAGUGAUGAGAUCAAUGCACGAAUAGUGAAAGCCAGAGCGGCUUAUGCCAAUCUGGGCCAUCUUUGGCGCCUUCGUGAUGUUAGUCUGGCUGUAAAAGGUCGGAACUACAACGUGUCGGUGAGAGCAGUUUUGCUCUAUGCUUGUGAAACCUGGCCUCUCCGAGUUGAAGAUGUUGAAGACUCUCUGUGUUCGAUCAUUGCUGUCUCCGAAGGAUUGCUGACAUCCAGUGGCAACACCAUGUCAGUAAUGCAGAGGUUCGGCACCGUGUGUUCGGGCACAGAGAUGAUAAUGCAAUCGAUGUCACCAUCUUGAAACACUGACUUCAGUGGCUUGGACAUGUUCUCCGAAUGUCGUCCCAGAGAAUUCCACGUCGUGCAUUAUUUGCCGACUCUGGGACUGUUUGGAAAAAGCGGAGAGUUGGUCAGUGCAUGACAUGGUGUCGUGGCAUGAAAGGAAACAGCAAAGGACUGGCUUCUGUUGGUCCUUCACGACUCCCUGGUUGGGGUCUGAGUCAGUCAGUCAGUCAGCUACAACGUAGGACCAGACACAUAUAUGCAUCGGUCCAGGUUGCCAUACCGCAUCAGCACAGCAAGAUGAAGGUGGUAAUAUAUAGGAGAAAGAUUGCAUAUAAGGAUAUAGUACAGGAAGAAAGAAUUAGUUAGUAGGAGGAAAGAUAUGAAGCGAUUU